UCUGUUAAAAAAUACUAAAUAUUGACCGUUUAUUAUAAAAAUACUAUCAGCUGGUAAAUAGUAUCAUAUCAACGCGAUCAGAAAAUUUUUGGCGCAAACCCAUCGCUAAAUCAACAAACCAAAAAAAACAGAUCAACAAUGAGCCGGCCAAACAAAUUAUUUGGAGACAAGGCCUUUGAGCUUCUUAAGGAAAUGGAGAGAUCGUCGCAAACCAUUCCCGCCUUCGAUGACGACGGAGUGCGUCAGGUUCUGGAGGAGAUCAAGGCGAUAUUCGAGGAGAACGUGGCCCAGGCAUCAACCUACAAUACUUCUGGGGAUCGGAGUUUAUGGCCCCUUCUAAACUUCAGGCAUGCGGCUCUCCAGAGGAACAAGAGGUGCUUAUUGGCCUAUUUAUACGAGCGAUGCAAGAGGAUCAAGGCCCUGCGCUGGGAAUUCGGACCCAUAAUUCCCGGGGACAUCAAGCAGUCGCUCUGUGAACCUGAGGUUCACUUCUUCAACAACUACUCCAAAUCCCUGGCUGCCUACAUGUGCAGUGCCGGCUAUAAUCAGGGAUUACCCAUUGAUCUCACCAACAACCUGCGUCCUCCAAAAUCCCUCUAUAUAGAAGUGCGCUGCAUGGAAGACUACGGGAAAUUCGAGCUGGACGAUGGAGAGGUAAUUCAUCUGAAGAAAAACAGCCAGCAUUAUCUUCCAAGGGCUCAAGUAGAGUCCCUCUUACGGCAGGGAAUUCUUCACCACAUAGCUUAAAUCAAUAGUAAUUUUUAAAUUGUUCAAUAAAUUUUAAAUGAUAUUUUUGUCAAA